AUGUCACUCUCACCGGUCCCAUAUUCCGCUUCCAACGAGCAACACACUCAAACACUACAAGGAGUACCACCUCCUCCACCCCCUAAGCCAAUAAGUCAUGAAGCAAGCAGAAGAGGCACUCCCCUUUUGGGUCAACAAUUUCCAUCGCCAGCUCCAUCUACACCACCCAAGGAAGCAUUACAGUCUCAGGCAGACGCAAGCAUUUCAACAAGUCACGCUCCGCCCAAUCGCCCAUUCUCUCCCCGCAACCUCCAACAACCUCCAGGCCUUGACGAAGGAUGGAUUCCAGAUAUCCUCAAAGACAAAUCAACAAAAGAUCUCCAAUCCAUUCUCUCUAAUCCCACCCUCCUCAACGCCCUCGCAAAUACCCACCCUUCCUACCCCUCCGCACAAACCCACCUCCUAACGCUCCUUGAAUCCAACAAAUCCCUCGCCACUCGUGCCCUCGAGCUAGAAUCCCACCUCGCCGCCCUCCGCGCCUCCACCGAAACCCUCCUCCUGCAGCACCAAUCCCUCGAGCUCUCCUGGCGCAAAAAACAAACGGAAAUGGACGCCGCCCUGGCACCCUGGUCACCCAAGGCGCUGUAUCAGAGACUGGCGGCAGCGAUUGCCGAGCAGGAGGCCGUCGUGCGCGCGGUGGAAGAGAGCUUUUUGGAUGGGGACUUGCAGCAUCAUGGAGUUGCCGGGGAGAGAGAAGUCGUGGAGUGGGUGAGGCGGUUGAGGAGUGAAGGUGCGAAGUUGGAGUUUAGGAGGGAUGCUAGAGCGAGGUGGGAUGAAGGGAGGGUUGGGGGGUGGAGGUGA